AUGCGACCUGCAAGCAGGAAUCACCCAUACCUGCAUCGUGGUGCUCCUAGUACCCAACUGGAGCUGCGCUUUGCCCUGAAGGGCAUCCGAGGAAGCCCUGACAUCAAACUUACUGAUGCCAUAAAGGGGCGGGACGUUUUCUUGCGUGGUCUCUCGUCUUUGUCAAGUGACACGAUAACGUUGGCAGCACACGCCAAACAUGCUGCGCGAGAAAACCACCGUCACAAGGUCAAGCAACUCGGUUGGGAGAUUCAAGAGGUAGAAUACAACAAACUACUCCUCAAAGCAUUUGAGCGGAAGGAGAAGAAGCAACUGAAAAUGGCAGAGUCGGAUUAUCACCUCUUCAAGAAGCUCUUAGUGGGACGAGAUCUUCCGGCUCUCCAGCAGGAUGCUGAAUACCUGGAGGAAUCGCACGAUUCUGAGCUCGAUUCCCUAGCUACGGCUGACGAGCAGCUCUAUCAAAUUUCAUCUCUAUCGCCACUUGUAACAAAAUAUGUCUCUCACAGGCUACCAAACAGUAGUGACACGGAGUAUGAGCAAGGUGAGGAGGAGGCUGACAACGGGGAACGAUCCGACGAUUCCGAUUAUUCUGACGCUGAAUUGGAAGGUACAAAGCUCUAUUUUCCUAGAUUAUAA